AUGACCCGUCGCAGCAAAUUUGUGAGGGCGGCUUCGGCUGGCGUGGCGCUGACGAUGAUUGUGAUGGCGACACUGUGCUGCACGUCAGCGGUGUGCGUCCCCGCCACCGCGCGCACGAACUUCGAAAACGGACGCCGAUUCGCGGCGAUUCCGGAGAUACCUGCGGUGGUGAAGCAGAUCUGGAGUGUGCCGCCGGCCUCCGAUGAGGGCGCAGGCAGCCCGUUGCACGUGAUGGUGAGCGCGCCCUCCAAGUACGAGUUGGCCGGUCAGGAGUAUCCGCCAAACAGCGCUUCGCGAAUCGAGUGCACGCUGCCGUUGGUGGUGGAACGUGUGCACAAAGACGCAGACCACGCUCAUGCCUCCUCGCCCGGCGUCGUUGCUAUGGAUACUGCUGCGAUCGCUCCGGCUGAUCAGCCGCACAUAAUGCCGGCAGCCUUGCCCGCGCAGCUCCUGCGCAGCCCUCUCGCAAAUGGAGAGGCCGCGCCCACGCUGAAGCCGCUCAGCAAGACAUUGAGCUUGUUGCCGAUUCACCAGCGCAAACAGCUGGUGUCGCCCUCGUACAGGGCUGCUGGGCAACUCGCAGCGCACCAGGGCGGCCAAAAGGCCGCAGUGGAGGUGGCGCCUGCGGCAGUGACGGCCAACGCCAGCUCCUCCGGCUCCUCUGAGGGGUCGUCGAGCCGAGAGGACAACCACGGUGUAAUCCUUUCCAGCGGUGUAAUCGCCUCCUUCACCGUGGCUUUCAUCUUCGCCGGCUUGCUGCUGAUCUUGGUGUUGGCAGAGGCUUGCGCAAUGGUCAGCGCGUUCAUGGCGCAUCGCCGGAUGCGUGCGGCCCGAGAUGUGGAGGGUGCCGAUAACCCCAUCGAGCCCAAGUGCGCCGACUUCCGCGACACCGCCGUCGAUGUGUAG